AUGGCUCGUACCAAGCAAACCGCUCGCAAGUCUACUGGUGGCAAGGCCCCUCGUAAGCAGUUGGCUACCAAGGCCGCUCGCAAGUCGGCCCCCUCCACUGGUGGCGUCAAGAAGCCCCAUCGCUACAGACCCGGUACUGUCGCUCUCCGUGAAAUCCGUCGUUAUCAGAAAUCUACUGAGCUGUUGAUCCGCAAGCUCCCCUUCCAACGUCUUGUCCGUGAAAUUGCUCAGGAUUUCAAGACUGAUUUGCGUUUCCAGUCUUCUGCCAUUGGCGCUCUUCAGGAAGCCUCUGAAGCCUACCUUGUCUCCUUGUUCGAAGACACCAACUUGGCUGCCAUUCACGCCAAGCGUGUCACCAUUCAGCCCAAGGAUAUCCAGUUGGCUCGUCGUCUCCGUGGCGAACGUUCGUAAAUAAAGCAAAUCAAUCAAGCAACAAUGAAGAACAAUACCAAUCUGCUCAUAGCACACGCCUACACACACAAUUACCUUGCGAAUACAAAUAAAUGCCAAUAUGAAC